CUUGUAAUCAUGAUUCUUCUCAUCGAAACCAAACCCCCAAACUUCAGCAAAUAGCAUCUUAUCAUCAUCAUCAUCAUCAUCAAGUCUCGGCAAUGUUUUUUGAAACACGAGUAGAAGGAUUCCACAAGAAAAGUUCUUUCCAAUUAAUCAUAAUGCAGGCCAGCCCCAUUACAGCAACCUACAACGCCUCUUGUUCAAGAUUGGGAUCUUCCCCUAUUGGGCAAGGAUUGACAAUACUGGAGUUGUUUGUGAAGCAAGACAAUGGAGAGUGUCAAUACAGGAAAAUGUUAAAUCAGUUGGUGGUGUUUGAUGAUAAUGUCUGGGCUUCCGAGGCUACUCAAAUUGAGAGGUUCAUAGGGGGUUUGCGUAAUGAAAUUCAGGUCUUGAAUGUCAAUGUCAGGUUUGCCACUGUAGCUGAGGCCAUGACAGCAGCUGAAUCAGUAGAGCGUGAACAAAAUAUGGCAGCAACCAAGCAGACCAGCAAGGGCAAAGAACUCGAUUGGCUUUUUGGCCGUCCAUCAAAGGUGCAGAAGAUGAAUCAGAUUGGACAGAAAGGACAGUCCAAUGGAACCACUCCGAGUGCACCCAUGAUUAGGAGACAAUGGCCGAGGUGUAAGUUACAUCACCAAGGAUUCCAUUGCAAUGGAGACCCAGUGCAGUGUUACGAAUACAAAGGAUACGGACAUCUUCAGGGGGUGUGUCCUACUAUUGGGACUAAGGUCACCGAGACAACACAGAGUGGUGGAUCACAACCACCCUAUAGCUCUGUGGGGAAUACAAUGAAGAAU